ACACUGUUGCGCCUUGCAGGAUACUGUGGAUAAAAAUGGCAACAGCAACUUUAAGUUUCACUCUUUGGUAGAAAAAAAACAAGCUUUGGGGGAUUUUAUUUCUCCUCACUGUGCGCAGUAAUUAAAGAAAUUAUCAACUGAAAAGCGGCGAAGAAGUUGGACGUCAUUUACUGAGGGUGAUUAGUUGCAACCUCAGACAAUGGCCUACACUCUAGGCUCAACCACUGAGGGCCAGACGCGCAGUGUCGCACCUCAGCACUGCGUCACCCGGGUGGAGCUGUCCGUCACCGCAGCCAACCUGCUGGACCGAGAUGUAGCCUCCAAGUCGGACCCGUUCUGUGUUCUCUUCCAUGAAGUGGAUGGAAACUGGGUGGAGCUUGGCCGCACUGAAACAGCUGUGAACAACUUGAACCCAGUGUUUGGAGUGAAGUUUCAGGUGGACUACCACUUCGAGGAGAUCCAGAAGCUUCGCUUUGCCAUGUUCGAUGAAGACAAGUGUGCUACGCAGCUCUACGAACAUGACUUCCUGGGAGAAUUCAUUUGUACACUGGGAGUGAUUGUGUCCAAUAAGAAACUUCACAGACCACUGAUCUUAGCCAAUGGGAAGCCAGCUGGGAAAGGAUCCAUUACGAUAACAGCUCAGGAGCUGUCUGACAACAGAAUCAUCACUUUGACCUUGAGUGGGCGUAAACUGGACAAGAAGGACUUCUUUGGGAAGUCAGACCCCUACCUGGAGUUUCACAAACAGGGAGAAGACGGCAAAUGGAUGCUGGUUCACAGGACAGAGGUCAUAAAGAACACUUUAGAUCCAGCAUGGAAACCCUUCACCGUGCCACUCAUUUCUCUCUGCAAUGGAGAUGUGGACAGAAACAUCAAGGUCCUGUGUUACGACUAUGAUAAUGAUGGAGGCCACGACUUCAUAGGGGAGUUUCAAACCACGGUUGCCAAGAUGAGUGAAGCCCAGAAUUCAGUGGAGGUGGAGUUUGACUGCAUCAACCCCAAGAAACAGAAGAAGAAGAAGAAUUAUAAAAACUCUGGAUUUAUCAUUGUCAAGUCAUGUAAGAUUACGAGAGACUACACAUUUCUGGAUUACAUACUGGGAGGAUGCCAGCUCAUGUUUACAGUCGGCAUAGACUUCACAGCAUCUAACGGGAGCCCUCGUGAGCCGUCCUCCCUCCACUACAUUAACCCCCUGGGCAGCAACGAGUAUCUCGCUGCCAUUUUAGCUGUGGGACAAAUCAUACAGGACUAUGAUACCGACAAAAUGUUUCCUGCUCUGGGAUUUGGAGCCCAACUCCCACCAGACUGGAAGGUGUCGCACGAAUUUGCCAUAAACUUCAACCCCACCAACCCCUUCUGUUCAGGCGUGGAGGGUAUUGCCCAGGCCUACUCCGCCUGUCUCCCUCACAUUCGUUUCUACGGCCCGACAAACUUUGCUCCAAUCAUCAACCACGUAGCGCGUUUUGCUGCCCAGGCACUUCAACAAGAGAAAGCAGCGCAGUACUUCACUCUCCUUAUUAUAACAGACGGUGUCAUCAGCGAUAUGGACGAGACGCGUCACGCCAUCGUACAGGCGUCUAAGUUACCCAUGUCCAUCAUUAUCAUUGGCGUGGGCAAUGCAGACUUUGCUGCCAUGGAGUUCUUAGAUGGAGACGCCAGUGUUUUGAGGUCCAACACAGGAGAGGAGGCUGUUCGGGACAUUGUGCAGUUCGUCCCUUUUAGGGAUUUCCGUAAUGCACCCAAGGAGACCCUCGCCAAGUCAGUCCUGGCCGAGCUGCCUCAGCAGGUCACCCAGUACUUUAAACAGCGGAAUCUACCGCCCAGCAACCAGGCACCGGAGUGAGACACCCCCGAAGAGCCAACACGCUGUACAAUAGCUCAACAGAACCUCUCUCUUGUUAACGGCAAACAAUACAGAAUGAAAGUGUCUAUCAGCUGUGAAAAAAACCUACUUGUGGACAAAAAAAAUCUUAACAUUGAAGACAUUCCUGCCAUUAUAUCUGCAAUGCUUUUACUGGUUAAUGAAUGUUUGGUCAAUAUCCAGGAUGAAUCCAACAGAAGUGGUAUUCUCUAAGCUUUCCAGCUCACAGAACUGUGUUGAUAAUGUGUAAAGGACCUUCCAUGUCUACAGUGAUGGCGGGUGUCUCCAAAUGAUAUGAAUAUGCAGGUAAAACACUGUCCUCCCUUUUUUUUAGAGAAAUGAAAAAUAUCUUGAUUCAUUAGGAUGUAGGUAUUUUUGCUUUUUGCAUGUGUGUGUCUUGUGAUUGAUACCGUGUGAUACGUACAACUCCUUGGUGUAAAGUCCUUUCUAUGCUGAAGUAUAUCAGUGGUUGAAUCCCCUCCGGUUGUUGUAUGGAUCCUUUUCAGGUAGCAGAUCAGAUGAAGACUGUUUUUGAAUGCGUGCUCACAUGUAGUGGACUCAAAGACAGGACAGAGCACAAUUGCAUCAACUCUGACGUCGGGGGGCGGAUUUAAUUUCGAAGGUUUGAUCGCCAGUCGUCUGCAAGGCAGGUUUUAAUGUUCCGCUAUGCUUAUUUGAUUCUAGAGGACAGAAUCUGAGUAGGAUGAGGCCAAAGUGGCAGCUGUAGCACUAACACAGGAUAGAUGUGGGAUACUGUGUGAACUCAUUGGGUUAUAUCUGGGGCCAUUUUGCUGGCUUUCGCAAAAUGCUUUGAUUUCUUAUGACAUCGGUUCAUCCUGCAUGUUGCCUAUAUCUACUCACUGUUUACAAACUGAUGCCCGUGAUCACAAAUGCAUGAUUUUUUUUUUCUUAAAUUAUGUCUUUAUCAGAUUUUGUAAAUAUUUUAAAGAGAUUCUGAGGAAAUAUAAGGAAGCUGCGUGGCACAGAAAGCGUCAGAGAAGGCAGUUAAGUGUUAACAAGUGGAAGCAGAAGAGUUUCUGAUAUGCAUAUAUAUCGAAUGUAUAUUUAUAUGAAACUGUUUAUGUUCUGAUGAGCCCAUAUUUCUGACAUGUUUUUAAUGUACUUUUUAUGCAGUGCUGAAUUGUGUACUUAAACUACUAUGUGUAUUGCUGUGCAUCUUUGUACUAAAUGUGUUAUUGAUUUUAUAAAAUUGUGUCUAUGUCCACACUCAGGUUAAUAAA